AUGGCGGGGGUGGCGGCCGGGCCGGGCGGCGCUGUUUACUGGAGCCGGGACAUUUCUGAUGAAGAGCAGCCAAUGGUGUCUGUCUCAGGAGUGUCUACAAAAGGAAAUUUAAGAACAAGAUACUUGCCAAAAUAUCAAAAAAGUGAAACUGAGCUAAAAGUGCCUGUAUCUGCUUCUUCUGUUUCCAUGGAUUCUGUUAGACGGACAGGAGAUCUGGCAGAGCAGCAGGUCCCUAGUGAGGGAGGAAUGAAGACUGCUUCUUUAAAGGAUUUGUGUCCUGAGGACAAGAGACGCAUUGCAAACUUAAUUAAAGAACUUGCCAGGGUAAGUGAAGAAAAGGAGGUGACAGAAGAACGGCUGAAAGCUGAACAGGAGUCAUUUGAGAAGAAGAUCAGACAGCUAGAGGAACAGAAUGAACUUAUCAUCAAGGAAAGGGAAGCUCUGCAGCACCAGUACAGAGAAUGCCAGGAACUUCUGAGCCUUUAUCAGAAGUACCUAGCUGAGCAGCAGGAAAAACUUUCACUCUCCCUUUCUGAACUCAGUGCUGCCAAGGAAAAGGAGCAGAAGGUUUGCAGUAAGAAGAGCUUAUGCCAACAACUGUCUUUGGAGCUAGAUGGUUCCUGCUUGGGUACUGGGGGACCUCAAACUUUUUAUAAGAACAGUAGAGCAUCAAAGGCUGGAAGCCCAGCCCGUGUUGCAUUGUCUCAGCCUUGCAGGAAUAAUCAUCACCAUUAUGAGGCUGAAAUCCGUUACAAUCAUCAGGAGGGUCUGAAGGAGUAUGCAGUAGAAAAUUGCUUGCACAGAAAGCGUAACAAUGUGAUUUCCCCAGCCAAACUGAAGAGCCCUCACCAUGUAGAACUGGCUCAGGAGAUGGACCAGAAAGCAAAUGAAUUUCAGAGCACAUGGCCUCAGCAAGUGAGUCACGAAUGUGCCUGCAGGCAUGUAGGGAGUUCAGGGAGUGUGCAAGAGAGCCACCAUGUCAACCAGGUACUUAAAAGACACUCCGGGCCAGCGGACAAAACCUGUGAUUAUUCCAGGUGCUCUCAAAUUUCUGGGCUGAAUGACAGUGUGGACUCAAGGUCUAAAGAAACAGAGCAGGCUAAAAGGUUGUAUGAAGAAAGAAGGCAGAAGCUACUUCUGCAGAAAAUGGAGCUGGAAAUUGAAAAGGAACGACUCCAACAUUUGUUGGCUAAGCAAGAAGCAAAACUGCUCCUAAAACAACAGCAAAUACACCAAUCCCGUAUGGAUUAUAACAGAUUUAGAGGCCACGUACCUGGUUCAGAGUGUGUGCCCACUGAUGAAGCACCUGGAGAGCUUGCUCUGAUGAUGAACAGCAGCAGCAUGGGACUAAGUGUACCAGUGUUGAAAAGUGAAGACUAUUUUCUGAGGACACUUCCAGUGAGCAAAACCUCCAGAGCACCAGGGAGCAGUGGUGGGAGCAGUUCAGGGAAGAAAAUGGUUGGGUUUGGUGCAAACGUGGAAGAUGGACAAAGACUUCUGAUGCAAACCAAGAGGGAAGGCACAAAGUCAAGGAAAGGGACAAGUUCAGGACCUAGUAAGGAUGCAGCCACUUCUCCUGUGCUGAUAGGCAGCAGCAAAAAGCUUGCAACCGCAGCCCCAUCACCAGUCCAGCCUGACACUUCACGGUAUCAUGCCUGUCUUCUUGAUCUGGUUGAAGGUAUGAGUCUGAUAUCUGCCCCAGGAUCUUACGACAAGAACAACAUGCACUUGCCUCAUCGUGUAAGCCACAAGCCUUCAUCUUGGAACCAGACCCCUCGCAGCUCCAGAGACAGAGCAGAUGAACUAGAGGAGAGCCAGCUCCUUGAGGAGAUUUUCUUCAUUUAACGUGCCUCAUUGCUCUACAGCCCUUCUGUAGCAUUUUUAGGACCUUUUAUUGCUGAGUUGUGCCAUUUUUAAAUUAUUUGACUGACAACUGCUUGUCUUUCCUCUUCUAAAACAAAGCUAAUUAGCAUCCAGUUUCAUUUUGGGUUCAGUAAUCAUGGUGCAGGAACAUUGUUGGGGUAUACCAAUCAGAAAGCAUUAACGUUUUUUUCUAAAGCUUUCAUGUGCCAAGUAAUCAUUCCAAAAUAGAAUUUUUUUUAAUCUACAACAUUUUCUAAUAGAUUGAAGCCACAGUUUUGCCAGCCUCAUAACGGAAGUAUAUUUCAUUAUCGAUUUCUAGCUCUAAAGCAGUUUGCAAGAACUGCCUAACACUCAAGAACCAGCACGUUCAAAUUAGAUUACUUUCUAAUUAAACAAGUCUGUUUUAAAACCUGGCAUAUUAUAAAGGUACAAGCACUUUAGUACUUUUUUUCAGUGAUUUUAUUAUCUACUUUUUCCUUCAGCAUUCUGAUCUUUAACACACUGAGUUUUUAGGGGAUAUUUUAGGGGAUAAGCUCAACUAUCCAGUGUCUAAUAACAUUAACAGAUGAUGUUGCAGGUUUAUGUACUACGCAUCCGUUUGAAACACAUUCCUCUUUACGUGCUGGGUAACCUAAUCCUGAAAUACCAGAACGCAGUCUGACAUUGUAGUGUUCCAAAACCUAUUUGAUGUACUUUUCAAGAUGAAAUAUAUAGUAGUGGUAGUAUGAGAACAUUCUUAAGACAUUUUCACUAACUUGCACUAUUUUUGAUCCUGUAUCCAGGCUCCAUUGUAAAUAAGACAAAUCAGUAAUUAUUUCCACUAGCGGCUCGCAAUGCACAUUUCCCUGCCGGCUUUAAUUAUUCAUGCUGUAUCUAUUUCAGUUUAUUUAAAUGCAUUUCCAUCUACUGCAUGUACUUGGUUAUUUAAAGAAAAGUGCCGAAUUGGUAAAAAUGACUGCAGAUUACAGGAUUAAUGGUCAUUUUCUCCACAAUGCGGUGUUCAUAUUUUAUUGUAGCAGUAGCCACCGGCAUGUGUUCCUAAAAAUAUGAGGCAAAACCACUCAUUUUGCACAGUAAAAUUGCAGCGAGGGUAAGGUAGAAUUGAGCCAGUCCGGGCAAGUUCUAAGCCAUUUGCUCCAAAACACCACUUCGUGGGCCAGUUCAGCUUUUCUGACAAGUCUCUUUAGGCAACCCUGCUUAUCUUAGUGGCAGUGAGUUGCUGUACUGAUCCUUGAGGUAUCACUGCUACUUGCUGCCCUCGUGCUGGCUCCUGUGCAACAUUUUGGUACUCUGCAAGGAGCUCACAUGAGCCAGCGGUGAGGCCCAUGGUGCAUCUCUGAUGAGAGAAUCAGUGCAGGCUGUCUAGCACACGGCACUGGCAGUGCUGUCCUCUUACAGCAAUGAAAUACAAGGAGAGUGAAUGGGAAGAUAAGCCUCCAGUUACUCUGAGCUGUUUCAUGAAGGCCCAGUCUUAAUCACAGAUUAGAUAAUAGCCUUUUCUUGCAUCCCAGCUGGAUUUUAAAAGCUGCUUGAGGGAGUUUAAAAGAGGGCAGCAGCAUUACUGUACCAGAAAAUGACUACUGUGGAAAGGCCCUUCAUGGUCUAUCCUGCUGUCAGUGGAACAUUAUAGUUCCUUCCAGUAUGUCCAUCUGCUGUUCAAUGUCCCUCUUUUUCUAGUCCCUGAGCCUCCUAAGGCAUAGGUUUCUGGUUAAAGUCCCAAGGAUGUAGUUGGUGCCCUGACCCAAGUAUAGUAGGUGGAGAAUACGUUUUCUUGUUCUGCUGGCUGAGUAGUCUGCUUUGUUAAGAGGGCAAGAAAAGGGAGGAGAAGCAAGAGAAAAAUGUACAAGGAGCAGCAGGAAAACUGUGGAAAUCAGUGAGGAAAUUACUUCCACAGAGAUCUUAGGGGUUUUGCAUUAGUUUUUGGUGUUUUUUAGUUUUGUUGGUUGUUAGGUUUUUGUUGUUGUUUUUGUUCUAGUUUUGUUUGUUUGCUUGUUUUUUGUGGGCUUUCUUUUGUAGUUUUGGUUUUGUUUGUUUGUUCUUGUGUUUGGGUUUUUUUUGUGUUAAGAUUUGGCAUUUCUAAACAAACAGUUCUCUGAUUUCAGUCCAGUUGCUUCUCUUUUCCAGUUUGACUGAAACUUUAGUUGCCUUUUCUAAUAAGUGCUAACUGACCUUUUGCAGCAGCAAAAUAUACAUGUAUAACUCUUGAAAGGUGCCUUUGUGUACCCAGUUGAGAACAGUGCAUGGGAGCAUUCUGUUCUUUGGUUCUUUGUGCGUGCCAAUAUUUAACUGCUUUAGGAUUCCUUAUGAUCCUUUUUAGUUCAUUAACAAUUCUAUUUUACAGUGACUUUUUACUUGAAUCCACAUUUUGUUUGUAGCUGUUUUUAAAAGGGCAUUGUCAGGGUUGUGGGCUCUAUGCUCAUGGUGCUGUCCAUCAGCCAGAGCUAGAUGGGAGGCAUUCCUUUAUGAAACCAAGAAUUCUAGAAUUAAGGUGAUGAAAAUAUUUGAUGGGUGAAGACCUGCCUAUUUUAACUAUCUGUGAGAUGUGGGCAAAGAAACAGGAGCUAUUAAUUUGCUAGGCCCAGUGAAAAAUAGUAUUUUGUAAUACUGGCUCUUGCUGUAGUUACCAGCAGUGUAUUAGGAACAGUGUUUAGCAGUCAGUGCAAGCAAAGAUAUUUUGCCAUGAGGCACUACAACGCUGAAGUUAUUAAAACAUUUAUAGCCUUAGAAAAAAAAUCAAUGAUUGUCAGAUAGGAAAGGACAAAAUCAGUAGCUGGUACUGGGAGGGGAAUUGUUUUCCAUCUGCUAAAACAGUAAAGGAAAUGCAAAAAUUAAACUAGCAAAAGCAAUCACUUGACAGUGUCCUUUUAAGUUUAAGCUCCUGUAGUAGGAAGCUGCCACUGGGGAGUUAUUCCAGCCACAGAUUGUUUGUCCAGAGUGUUCCCAGUUAAUAUGCUUCAUCUACACAUCAGACUGUGUUUUACAUGAGGCUUUGUGAGCUACACAACUUCUGCUAAGACUCCUUCCUAUUCAUGCCUUCGUUUUGUGUUCUUCCUGAGUGGCUUGUGCACACACACGCGCCAAGUUUUUGUUUAGUCAUUGCUUUUGUGCACCUUGCAUGCUGUGGACCUGUAGCCAUCACACCCUUUCCAGUUCUAGCCUCUCCAGUCUCCCUGUGGAAUCCCAUCUUGAGCAUAUAUUUAUAUAUGUAUGUGAAAUCUUAAUCUAAUAAAUCAUCUGGGGGUUUCCUUUAA